AUGGUUCAAUUCCAUCUCCUAUCCACAGUUUUUCCACAGCAUGAACAUGAAUAUAAGCGUUUUACGAACUUUGCCGAAUAUUUGAAGCAACUUGAAGUUAGCUUUUUGACUCUUACUGCUGCUAAGGCUAUCAAACCGGAAUUGAAAUUUGUGGUUGAUGGAGACAAGUGGAAGAUGACGUCAACUUCAACUUUUACCACGUGGUUGUGUGAAUUUUUGUUGGGUAAGAAAAGGAGCAGGCAGCUGCUGAUGGGCGUAGAUUGAAGGUUUUUUUAAUUUUUUGUUUUAAAAAUUUUUUUCUGGGUUUGUCUAAGUUUUGCCUGUCUAUGGUCCCUCUACCCGUGUCGAUUGAUGCCGAUUAAGUCGAUUGAUGUGUUAUUCAAAAAGCUCGUCGUCCUAGU